AUGAGACCUUCUAUUUGUCGCCGGCUGCGAUUGGUAAAAGACGAAAGCAAGUGUCUUUCUGCUUACUCUAAUGUAUAUAGUAAUGGCGAUUAUUUAUCCUUGUAUCUAGAACUUGUGCAUGGAUCUUCACCACCAGAAUGGACAAGAAACGUGCAAUUUAUCUUUACUCUUGUGAAUAAGCUCUGGCCUAACCCUAAAUCGAACAGAGUAUCAGGGUUUCUGGUGAACAAGAGACUCGUUAUCAUCGCUGAAGUAAAAGUUCUUCCAGCUACUGUGAAGUCCUUGGAGAACGCCUCUAAAACAGUACAGAAUGGUGAUAAGAGGUUUAACACUGUGGUGGCAUCUAUUCCACAGGAGACUUGUAGUGAUGUUCUUGGUCAGGAUAUUCAAACUGUAAAGGAAACAAUGGAUGUCAAUGGCUUUGAGGUUUUGGCUUUCCAGCACGACAUUGCACUGACAUACUUGAAAGACGCAGACUUUAAGGUGGAUUGGUUAGAGAAGAAGCUGGACCAGCUAAAGGAUAACAAAGAGAAAGUUAAGUCUGGUUUGACCCGGCUCCAAGAAAUAGAGGAAAAUCUGCUGAAUCUGAAGCUACAGUAG